AUGGAUGCCAGAAUGAAGAAUAGCGACUAUACUGUUGGCUGGAUUUGCGCCAUCAGCACGGAAUAUGUUGCCGCUCGGGCCUUGCUUGACGAGGAGCAUCAGGACGUCGAGUACGAGGUGCCGCCCCGGGACAGCAACACCUACACCCUGGGAAGAUUCGGCAAGCACAUGACUGUGAUUGCCGUAUUGCCGGAUGGAGAAUACGGCACGUCUGCUGCCACGGGAGUGGCCAAGGAUUUACUCAACGCCUUUCCCAAUGUCAGAGUCGGUUUGAUGGUGGGGAUCGGUGGUGGUGCGCCCAACCAAGAUCACGAUGUUCGCCUUGGAGAUGUUGUUGUGAGCUCCACGUCGAACGGAAAAGGUGGAGUGGUUCAGUAUGAUUUCGGGAAGACGAUCCAAGACCAGGUUUUCCACAUGACGGGCUUCCUCAACUCGGCUCCAAGCGCACUGCGCACAGCAGUCAGCACACUCAAGGGUCGCCAUGAAAUGGAUGGCCAUGGCAUCGAGAAGAUCAUUGACAUCGCAUUAAAGAAAAAGCCAAGACUAAAGAAGAAGUAUUCCCGGCCAGGUUCGAGUUCGGAUCGGCUCUAUAUUCCCGAACUUGUUCAUGCGAACGGAUCUUGUUGUGUGAGAGACUUUUCCGGGGGGGAGAAGGACCUGGUUCCAAGAGUAGAUCGAGACGAAGGAGACGAGACUGUCAUCCACUAUGGGCUGAUAGCUUCAGGUAAUCAGCUUAUGAAAGACGCCUUGACGCGAGACAGACUCAGCACAGAGUCCAAUAUCCUUUGCUUCGAGAUGGAAGCAGCAGGACUGAUGAAUUGGUUUCCCUGCUUAGUGAUUCGGGGCAUUUGCGACUAUUCGGACUCGCACAAGAACAAAGAGUGGCAGGGCUUUGCGGCCAUGACGGCGGCUGCUUAUGCAAAAGAGUUGCUGUAUCAGAUUAAACCAAACAAGGUCGAGGCCGAGGAAAGAAUUAGCAAGCUUGGUUGGUCAUCCCCAGCUACCCACCUUUCUGACAAGGCUACCGUAGUUCACGAAUCCGUAUCUAGGACAGAAAAAGUCGUGACGGACAUUUGGGCAAAGCAACACAAGCAGGAAGACCGCAAGGUUCUAGACUGGCUUACGAGAAUGGAUUACGGUACGCGUCACAGCGAUAUUUUCAGGGAUCACCAGCCUGGUACUGGUCAAUGGCUCCUCGAAUCAGAAGAGUUUCAGUCGUGGACGAGCCAGAACGACAAGACCCUUUUCUGCUCCGGCGAUCCUGGAGCUGGAAAGACUGUCCUUUCUUCAGUGGUAGUCGAGCAUUUGCUGAAGAAUAAACCAAAGACAGUAGGACUUGCCUUGAUCUACUGCAACUACAGAGAACAAGCGAGCCAGACAGUCGAAGGCCUUUUGAGCUGUUUACUCAGACAGCUUUGCGAACCUCUGUCUCCAUUACCAGAUCAAUUGACAAGUCUCUACGAGAAUCAUAAAGAGCGGCAUACCCUAGCAUCUGCUCUACACUUAUCUGAAGUCUUGUCAUCUGUAGUUGCGGCAUACUCAAAAACGUAUAUCGUAAUUGAUGCUCUUGAUGAGUGCGAGAAGAAGCACCGAGAAAAGCUCUUGAAGGAGCUUUUUGAAUUACAGGCGCAAAAAGGAAUCAACAUCUUUGCCACAUCCCGAAAGAUAUCCGACAUUGAGAGUAUGUUUGAAGGCCGUGCACACAAGGACAUUGUUGCAACAGAAGCCGACAUUCGGAAAUAUACCCACGGAAGGUUGGAAGUUUUGCCCGAUUUCAUUCGGCGAGACUCGGCUUUACAAGAAGAGAUUAUUGUAGCAAUCGCUAAAGCAGUUAGCGGGAUGUUUCUCCUGGCCCGACUCUAUCUCGACUCGAUUGAGGGGGCAAACAGUAUCAAGGAUAUUCGUACCUCUAUCCAAAAUCUUUCCACUGGGGCUGAUGCGUACGAUUAUGCGUACGACGAUGCCAUGCAACGUAUACAGGGACAAGUUCCAAACAGGGCGAGCCUGGCGAUUCAGGUGCUGCAAUGGAUAACGUUCGCGGCGAGACCGCUCGAAGAGGACGAACUGCGAGCUGCCCUCUCAGUGGAGCUGGACGCGCCUGAGUUUGACCCAGAGUGUCUUGUACAGGUCGAUAUGACUGCCACCUGUGCCGGGCUAGUGACUAUAGACAAGACGAGUCGCAUCAUACGUCUCGUCCAUUAUACGACGCAGAACUACUUUGAGCGAAACAUGGAAUCGUUUUUCCCGAACGCACACAAUAGUAUCACAGACGUUUGUAUCACGUAUCUCUCCUUCCACACAUUCUCUGACGGUUGUGCGUCAAGUGAAUCGAAGUACGACGGUCGUUUGGACAAGAACCCCCUUUACCACUACGCUGCUCACGCAUGGGGCAUACAUGCUGCACAAGUGUGCAACUCAAGCAGGACCGAUGAGAGGAUCUUGUCAUUCCUUAAAGACCAGAAGUUGGUCGAGGCUUCGGCCCAGGUUCUGUCCUACGGCCUGGACUACCUCAACCCUGUACCCCGGCCAGUGGUGACGGGGUUGCACUUGGCAGCAUACUUUGGCCUCGAGGGGGCCACAGAGCUGUUGUGUACAGGGAACAACGUGAAUGUUCUCGACGACAAGAAAGCUACGCCGCUGUCCUACGCUGCAAAAAACGGCCAGGAGAACAUCGUGCGUUUCCUCAUCAGCAAGGGUGCAUUUCUAGAAACAAAGGAUGAUGAAGGACAGACACCACUCUGCUUGGCGGCAGCCAAUGGCCACGAGGACACUGUACGCGUUCUUGCUGAAAAGGGUGCAUCCGUUGAUACACAGGACAGAAAUAAACAGUCACCGCUAUGUUGGGCAGCAGAGAACGGCCACGAGGCUAUUGUGCGGUUCCUCGUUGAGAAGGAUGCAUUUAUUGAAUCUCAUGACUAUCUAUAUGGACGAACGCCGCUAUGCUGGGCGGCAAGAUCCGGCUAUGAAGGAAUUGUACGCUUUCUUAUCGAAAAGGGGGCAGCAAUCGAGGCGGAAGACAGAUAUGGACGAACACCCUUGUCCUGGGCAGCAAGACAUGGCCACAAAAGCACUAUACAGUUUCUUCUCGGAAUGGGAGCGGCGAUUGAAACGCGAGAUCAUUUCGGAUGGACACCACUCUGCUUUGUAGCGCAAGAAGGGGACGAGGACAUGGUGGCUUUCCUAUUAGACCACGGGGCAUUCAUUGAAGCUCAAGAUCGCUUAUACGGCCGCACGCCACUCUUUUGGGCCGCAAGGUAUCGUCGUGAGGCAGUUGGCAACCUUCUCAUUGAAAGGGGGGCGUCGGUUAAGAUCGAACAGCAAGAGGAAGAUCCUUUUCUUGACUUUGCAGCCGGAUGUGGCUGGGACGCAGUUGUGCAAUCACUUGUUUCCAGGGGCGCUAGGGUCAGACCCUCAGCACUCAUUCAGGCAGCUAAGAAAGGACGCAGAAGCACUGUGGAUUGUCUCAUCGAGCUGGGUGCAUCUAUAAAGGGGGAGGACCGCAAGGGACGAACCCCGAUAUUCUAUGCCGCGAAAAAAGGGCACACGGACAUUGUGCGCCUCCUCGUGCAAAGAGGAGCCUCGAUCGAAUCUAGAGACUGCGAUGGACAGACUCCUCUUUUAUACUCACUAUCCAAGGAUAGUGAGGCUGGGGCACAAUGCCUCGUCAAUCUUGGCGCCUCGUUGGAUGUGCGAGAUGAUGAAGGUCGGACAUUCGCAUCGUGGGCUAUGUCGAAAAGAAUCAAACGGUAG